UCAGUGCUGGUCGCAUGUUAAUGACGAAAGUAUGAUGCGAUUAAACUGCGUCUGUGUUGUCAAAUGGACACACGUGUGAACUAACUUUUUCUGGUCAGCUACAUCUCCGAGCAUCUGUCCAAUAUACUACCAGGCAGGGAUAAUGAGUGGAGAGGAAGUGGAACGUAUGCUCAUCCAGUUUCAGGAUGAAGCUGGUGAGGCCCUUGGAUCACCUUUCGAUGUUCCUCUCGACAUCGGCCCGGACAAACUGCAGCUGGUCUGUAAUGCCCUCCUCCAGAAGGAAGAGCCAGUGCCGCUGUUGUUCUUUGUGAAGGACGCUGAAGUAGUGUCAUCCCUGAGGACGUGUGUGCAGGCCCUGGGUGUGGAGACAGAGCAGGUGCUGCCCGUGGUCUACCAACCCCAGGCUGUGUUCAGGGUGCGGGCAGUAGCGCGCUGCACAAGCUCCCUGGAGGGUCACACUGAAGCAGUCAUCUCUGUAUCAUUCAGCCCUACAGGAAAGUACUUAGCCAGCGGCUCAGGUGACACCACUGUAAGGUUCUGGGAUUUGAGCACGGAGACUCCCCACCAUACUGCUAAAGGCCAUACACACUGGGUUCUGGCCAUCUCCUGGUCUCCGGAUGGCAAGAAGUUGGCCUCAGGCUGCAAAAACAGCCAGAUCUGCCUGUGGGAUCCGGUUACAGGACAGCAGCUGGGCAAGACUCUUACGGGCCACUCUAAAUGGAUCACCUGGCUCUGCUGGGAGCCGCUGCACCUGAACCCAGAGUGUCGGCACCUGGCCAGCUCCUCUAAGGACGGGAGUGUUCGGAUCUGGGACACGGUCCUGGGCCGCUGUGAAAAGAUUCUGACGGGUCACACCCAGUCGGUCACCUGUGUGAAGUGGGGCGGGGACGGCCUCCUGUACACUUCCUCACAGGACCGGACCAUCAAAGUCUGGAGGGCCAAGGAUGGGGUCCAGUGUCGUACCCUCCAGGGUCAUGCCCACUGGGUGAACACUCUGGCACUCAGCACUGACUACGUCCUCAGGACCGGUGCCUUCGAGCCGGCCGCGGCUACAAUCAACGCGCAGGACCUCAAAGGCUCAUUAGAGGAAAUCAAAGAAAAGGCUCUGGAACGGUAUAACAAAGUCAGGGGCCAGGGCUCUGAGCGGCUAGUGUCAGGCUCGGACGACUUCACGCUGUUCAUGUGGAACCCAGCGGAGGAGAAGAAGCCCGUGGCACGCCUCACGGGUCACCAAGCGCUCAUCAACGAGGUCCUCUUCUCGCCAGACACGCGCCUGCUGGCCAGCGCCUCCUUCGACAAGUCCAUCAAAAUCUGGGAUGGACGCACCGGCAAGUACCUGUCGUCCCUGCGUGGCCACGUGUCUGCCGUGUACCAGGUGGCGUGGUCGGCGGACAGCCGUCUGCUCGUGAGCGGCAGCAGCGACAGCACUCUGAAAGUGUGGGACGUCAAAACGGGCAAACUACACACUGACCUGCCGGGACACGCUGACGAGGUGUUUGCUGUGGAUUGGAGUCCUGAUGGCCAGAGAGUCGCCAGUGGGGGAAAAGACAAGUGUCUGAGGAUAUGGAGGAGGUAGUCAGACCAGACCCCAGUCUCUGCACCAUCCAGUGAAAAAAAAAAAAAAGAAACGAAAAGAUCCCUGGCCCCAAUCUAUGAAGAGUUCAUCAACAGAAACACUGCUGAACCAGCACCUAAUCGUCCAGUGACCUACAAUGAACUGUCUGACCCAGAUAGAUUGCUUUAUUCUCACGCAGGACGGAGUACACAACCAGAGGAGAGGCUGGAGAGGAGAGGAGAGGAGGGAGGUGGUGUAUGCAGUGGUGGUACACUGUGCCUUUUUAUUGUCUGUUAUGGUUCAUCCUUACACUUGCUGGCAGGCAGCUCUCGGAGAGCUGAGAUUGAGUUGAUGCUGGUCUAAUCUCCAGCUAAUCUGCUUCUGUAGGCCGUAGUACUCGUCUCAAUUCCACACUCUGACUGAGGUGCUUACUGUCUACUGCUGAUGUAAAUACCCAGAUAUGCUUCCACUCUUUUCUGCAGAACUAUGAUGGCUAUGUUUGUACAGAAUGGUGAAAUACUGUCAAAUAAAAUCGUGUAGUUUUCCAUACAGUACAGAUGGAGGGGAGGGGGGGUUGAAUCAUGUUUUCCCUCAUAGGUCAUAGGUGUGUUUUCUCAUUGAUCAUUUGCAAAUAAAACACCAAAUAAUAUAAACGUG